AUCAUCAUCAUCCUCGUUCUCCGGCACUUUUACUUUAUUUUCGCGUCCAUCCUUCUCCAGGACAGCGACAGACGCGAGAGGACCAGAAAUCCGCGUCAAUCGCGUCGUUUACGAGGUUUAGAGAUGAGGAGAAGCGGCAGGCAGCGCGGAGAGGGAGGGAUGAGCCGAUGCAACUCAUAAUUUAAUGGGGACAGAGAGAAAGAGAGACGGAGAGAGAGAGAGAGAGAGAGAGAGAGAGAGAGAGAGAGUGAGAGAGGCAGAAGGGAAACAGAAAGAAAAGGACGGAGCGCGAAUGUUACAAGUGUAACAAGCGGAAGAUACAAUGUAGCGCUGACGUGCGUCAGGAAUGUUCGGAUGCUUUGACGUUUCAUUCGACGUUCGAAAGUGUAUCGCGCACUUUUAAAGCUGCUUCGUAUCCGCAGAUCGGCUCGAGAUGAGACGGCAGGUCGCCGGGGCUUCGUGCUGUUGUUUGGCCAGAUGAGAGGCGAUUCACGAGCGCUUCUGCUCCUAUAGGCUCGUAUUGUUGAAGCUCAAUGGGAUGUGUAGGGAACGCUGGGGGUUACUUUAGUUUUUUAGCGUUAUUCUGCGCACAGAACGGACGGUGGAUGUGAUCGUAAACUCUAUUGAACUCUAGACUCGCCGGGGAUCGUUGCAUUUCGGCUUGAUGCAUGCGUCUACGGUCUUUAGCUCUCAUCAUAUUUGAAAGUACUUUACGCUUCGUCUGUAUGGUUCUAGCUGUAUUAUGCACCGUAAUUCAUGGCUUAGCGUUUGAUAUUAGGUUUUGGUUGGACGAUCUGGAAGUUUUCUAUGUCUCAGAAUAGAAUAGCUGACAUAAAACUGAUUUUCGAGUGAAGUUUGUGCUCCUCCUGCCAAAACUUGUUCAUCCACAGCUCCUUUAUAUGUUCUUGUUAAAGUGGUGACAGUGAGCAGUGGUGCUGAGAACCAUGGAGCAUCUCAGCGAAACAUGCCAGGGGAUGGAGAACUGUGAGAUGGUCAACAACCUGAAUGACACCAAGGCCCCUCCGGCCAAAAUGGCCCGCCUGGAACAAAACGGAAGCCCGCUGGGCAGGUCUCGUCUAGGUAGCACUGGAGCGAAACUCUCCGGAGUGCACUUCAAACCCCCUGGACAUCAUCUGAAGGCCUGCCACAAGAGGGGUAACAUGCUGCCAGUGUUUUGUGUGGUGGAGCACUACGAGAGCCCCAUCGAGUUUGACAGCAAAGAGGAACAUGCUGAGUUCGUUCUGGUCAGGAAGGACAUACUCUUCAACCAGCUAAUCGAGAUGGCCCUGCUCUCCCUGGGCUACUCACACAGUUCGGCUGCACAGGCUAAAGGUCUGAUUCAGGUGGGCAAGUGGAACCCCGUGCCUCUUUCCUACGUGACGGAUGCACCCGAUGCCACAGUGGCGGACAUGUUACAGGAUGUGUACCAUGUGGUCACGCUGAAAAUCCAGCUACACAGUUGUCCUAAACUGGAAGACCUUCCUCCAGAGCAGUGGACCCACUCUACAGUAAGAAAUGCGCUCAAGGAGUUACUCAAAGACAUGAACCAGAGCUCUCUGGCAAAAGAAUGUCCCUUAUCACAGAGUAUGAUUUCUUCGAUUGUUAACAGCACUUACUAUGCAAAUGUGUCUGCGGCAAAGUGUCAAGAAUUCGGACGCUGGUAUAAACAUUUCAAGAAGACAAAAGACAUGAUAGUUGUGCGCCAGCCCUCCCAGCUGGAGGGCUACCUGGGGACGUGUGUCCUCCAUGACAGUCCACGUGCCACCACGUUAGCUGAGAUGGACAGUCUGUCUGAUCUUUCUCCACCCGGAACCAACCACCUCAGCUUCAGUCAGCAGCCCAUCCCGGGCAGCACAGCCGAGCAGUCCCCGUCCCCGGUGCCCCUGUCCCACAGCAGUCAGGCCCCCAGCCGUGCCCAGCUCCCCAGCCUGCACCCCGGCCUGGUGUCCACUCCCAUCAGCCCCCAGCUGGUGAAUCAGCAGAUCGUCAUGGCUCAGAUCCUCAACCAGCAGUACGCUGUCAAUCGUCUCCUGGCCCAGCAGUCCCUGAGCCAGCAGUACCUCAACCACCCGCCCGUCAGCCGCGCGCUCAACAAACCGCUCGACGCACAGGUGUCCACCAACUCCGAAGUCUCAUCAGAGAUCUACCAGUGGGUCAGAGAUGAAUUGAAGAGGGCAGGAAUCUCCCAGGCCGUGUUCGCCCGUGUGGCCUUCAACAGGACUCAGGGACUUCUGUCUGAGAUCCUCAGAAAAGAGGAAGACCCCAAGACAGCGUCUCAGUCGCUCCUGGUCAACCUGCGUGCCAUGCAGAACUUCCUACAGUUACCGGAAGCGGAGCGCGAUCGCAUCUACCAGGAUGAGAGGGAGCGCAGCUUGACUGCGGCCUCUGCUAUGGGCCCCGCGCCCCUCAUCAGCACCCCUCCCACACGCCCCGUGCAGCCCAGAAGAGAGGAGUGUAACAAUUUGAGACCAGAAGACUGGAAUCCCAGAAUUCCAGUGGGCAUCUCUCCUGUGAAGCCUAGCCCUCUGUCCUCAGAGUGGAACGGGAAAUCAGAGAACUGUGUGUUAAACAUCAACUCCUCCAUCUACGACGAGAUCCAGCAGGAGAUGAAGAGGGCCAAAGUGUCCCAGGCCAUGUUUGCCAAGGUCGCCGCCUCAAAGAGCCAGGGCUGGCUCUGUGAACUGCUGCGUUGGAAAGAGGACCCGUCUCCGGAGAACCGCACGCUCUGGGAGAACCUGUCCAUGAUCCGCCGGUUCCUCAGUUUGUCUCAAGUGGAGCGUGAUGCUAUAUAUGAGCAGGAGAGCAACGGAGGACAGCAGCACCAUGCGGACAGACCUCCUCACCUGCUGCACAUGCCCACAGACCCAUUACAGACUCAUCAACAGCCUUCAUCUCAGCUCCAAGCACCACUGCCCCUGCUGCACCCCUCACAGCCUCCUCUAUCCCAGCAGCCCCUGCAGCAUCAGCAGCAUCAGACAGGACCGCGCCUGCCCCCGCGGCAGCCCUCCACGGCUUCACCCGCCGAGACCGAGGACGAGAGCCGCUGCAAGAGCCGCCAAGGCAACCGCAUCUCCAUGGAGGCACUGGGCAUCCUGCAGAGCUUCAUUCAGGAUGUGGGCCUGUAUCCGGACGAGGAGGCCAUCCACACGCUCUCGGCACAGCUGGACCUGCCCAAACACACCAUCAUCAAGUUCUUCCAGAACCAGCGCUUCUACAUCAACCACGCCGGCAAGCUGAAGGAGCCGCCCCUGGGCUUCCCCUCCAACCACAAUAAGGACGAGGGCCUGACGGACUUCAAGGAGGGCGAGCUGCUGAUCGAGCUGGACGAGAGUGUGCAGACCAACAGCACUAUGUUCUCCAUUAAAAUGGAAGAGCACCUGGCACCCGAAACACACGCCAUGGGACAGGCCCAAACUGAGCAGGAGGCGAAAGAGUAACCGACGGCUUCCUUUUGCUUCUGGUUUUAAUCUCGUUCACUCUUGUCUGUUUUCCAUGAGCGAAACUGUAAGACUUUUUACACGAGACUGAAUAUUACAGAGAUGAUUAACUUUCACAGUUUUGUAAAGCGUGGAUUAUUUCACCGUAAAGACUCGUGCAGCGUUUCAAUAAUCUGCACAACCAAACAAAAUGUAAAAAGAAAAAAAAUGAAAGGAGUAGGUCACUCCUAAAUGAAAAUGUUGUUUCCUUUCAAGUGAAUGGCGACUUGGGCUGUCAAGCUCCGAAAUGCACAAAGGCAUCAUAAAAUGAGUUUGAUGAAAAUCAUUUUUCAUCUCUGUAACUUAAAUAUUUAAUUUUAUUUUCUUAAACUUUUUAUGAAUGGUUAUUUUUGCAGUAAAUACAACUAUAAAUAUAUAUUUUAUUUCUCACACUUCUCUUCAUUGUUUUUUCCCCCCACUUAUUUCUUUUUUAUUAUUUAUUUUAAAUUAUUC